CCUCCUCCUGGAGCCCUGUGAAUAGGUUUCUUCUCCCCUCCGUUUGCCUGGCAGUGUCGCAUCCCGUCUAAGUGGGUGAGGCAGAGCGAGAGAGCCAUGGAGCAACCUCUGCAUUCUCCCCUUUGCCAGCGGGAAGGCCUGAGGACAAGCAUUCCUCUUACCAGGCCCUGGGAGAGGCCUUGUUGAGAACCUACCCGGUGCUAGUGCUGACAAGCACCUGCAGCCAUUUCCUCCAAACUUGCAGUGUGUAUGCCCCUGCACCCGGUCCCUGGAGAGGCCUUGUACCACCCCAGCAGCAGGGCCGCUGUGAAUGAAGGGGAUGGGCUGCUGGUUGCACUCCGCUCUCCAGUGUCUUGUCUAGUCCAGUUGGCAAUGAGCCAGGUGAUGGGACUGGUACCCCUGCCCUGAGGUCCACAGCCUGAUGCAUCUUCCCUGCAGGAGCUGUUUCCUCGCCAGAUUUCUCCUAGUUCUGCCACCCUGCACGAUCCCCUUCGGUUGUUGGUGUUCACCCCCCCAAGAUGCAUGGGCCUGGUUAGCCAACCAAAUGUAUUUAGAUAAGCCAACCCAGCUCCUGCCAUCUUUUGGCUUAUCUAAAUCCGGUUUUUGCUUCUAGUCCUCCCCGUCCAUCCCUCCCCCUUAUCAAAUUGGCUGAUCUGUAGGGUUUAGGGCUGGGCUGGCUGAAGGUAGGAGUCUAAUCUGAUUGGAAUCAAACCCAUACCGCUCUGCAAAGGAAAAAUUUUUCCCGUCUUACCUGUUCAGGGAAGUUUUGUGAAGGGGGGGAGGAACUUACGACAAUCUUAGAUGAGGCAGUGAGAUAAUAGCAUUGAUUUUAAGCCUUUGCAUAGCACCUUUCCUCUUCCCAGCGUUACCCAUUCUAAUGGGCAGGUGCUCAGAUAGUACGCCCAGAAAGGAUCUAUUCUCAACAGAGUAGUAGGGCCUGAACGAAUCUCCCAUCAAUCUCAGCUGAAGUUGUGCAAGCUUAGCUCUGCUGCAAACCAGGAUCCUCUCACUGAAAUCCUCACCAUGCCCUGGUGAGACAAGAGAGCAAUACUGUCCCAGUUUUAUACUAGGGGAAACUGAGGCCGCAUCUGUACUAUGCCCUGGUCUACACUAGGAGUUGAGGUUGAAUUUAGCAGCGUUAAAAUCGAUUUAACCCUGCACCCAUCCACACGACGAAGCCCUUUUUUCGACUUAAAGGGCUCUUAAAAUCGAUUUCCUUACUCCACCCCCGACAAGGAGAUUAGUGCUGAAAUCGGCCUUGCUGAGUCAAAUUUGGGGUACUGUGGAUGCAAUUAGACGGUACUGGCCUCCGGGAGCUAUCCCAGAGUGCUCCAUUGGGACCGCUCUGGACAGCACUCUCAACUCAGAUGCACUGGCCAGGUAGUCAGGAAAAGGCCUGCGAACUUUUGAAUUUCAAUUUCCUGUUUGGUCAGCAUAGCAAGCUGCAGGUGACCAUGCAGAGCUCAUCAGCAGAGGUGACCAUGAUGGAGUCCCAGAAUCGCAAAAGAGCUCCAGCAUGGACCGAACGGGAGGUAUGGGAUCUGAUCGCUGUAUGGGGAGAGGAAUCCGUGCUAUCAGAACUCCGUUCCAGUUUUCGAAAUGCCAAAACAUUUGUCAAAAUCUCCCAGGGCAUGAAGGACAGAGGCCAUAACAGGGACCCGAAGCAGUGCCGCUUGAAACUGAAGGAGCGGAGGCAAGCCUACCAGAAAACCAGAGAGGCAAACGGCCGCUCCGGGUCCGAGCCCCAGACAUGCCGCUUCUAUGAUGAGCUGCAUGCCAUUUUAGGGGGUUCAGCCACCAGUACCCCAGCCGUGUUGUUUGACUCCUUCAAUGGAGAUGGAGGCAACACGGAAGCAGGUUUUGGGGACGAGGAAGAUAGUUCACAGCAAGCAAGCGGAGAAACCAGUUUUCCCGACAGCCAGGAACUGUUUCUCACCCUGGACCUGGAGCCAGUCCCCCCCGAACCCACCCAAGGCUGCCUCCCGGACUCGCCAGGUGGAGAAGGGACCUCUGCUGCAUGUGUUUCAAGGAUCACAGGAUCUUCUCCUUCCCAGAGGCUAGCGAAGAUUAGAAGGCGAAAAAAACGCACUCACGAUGAAAUGUUCUCUGAGCUCAUGCUGUCCUCCCACACUGACAGAGCACAGACGAAUGCGUGGAGGCAGACAACGUCAGAGUGCAGGAAAGCACAAAAUGACCGGGAGGAGAGGUGGCGGGCUGAAGAGAGUAAGUGGCGGCCUGAAGAGAGGGCUGAAGCUGAAAGGUGGCGGCAGCAUGAUGAGAGGAGGCAGGAUUCAAUGCUGAGGCUGCUGGAGGAUCAAACCUACAUGCUCCAGCAUAUGGUUGAGCUGCAGGAAAGGCAGCAGGAGCACAGACCGCUGCUUCAGCCCCUGUGUAACCAACCACCCUCCUCCCCAAAUUCCAUAGCCUCCUCACCCAGACGCCCAAGAACGCGGUGGGGGGCCUCCGGCCAUCCAGCCACUCCACCCCAGAGGAUUGCCCAAGCAACAGAAGGCUGGCAUUCAAUAAGUUUUAAAGUUUUAAACUUUUAAAGUGCUGUGUGGCCUUGUCCUUCCCUCCUCCACCACCCCUCCUGGUGCUUCUCUCCUCCACCACCCCUCCUGGGCUACCUUGGUAGUUAUCCCCCUAUUUGUGUGAUGAAUUAAAGAAUGCAUGAAUGUGAA